CUCUUUCUUAGGACGAGACGCAUGUCUGCCAAAUUUCGACCAAAAUUGACAAAUCAGCCUGGAUUGAACAGUUCAUCGACUAAUUUUAUUUUACCCCCUUUAACACCUCUUCGUGUUAAACCCCGAGUCUUUGCCAAAGCCUUGGCCAAAACCAAUCAUCUAACGUAUCGAAAGCCUACAGAGGCUGCUAUUGACAGUGCACUGUCAAUUAAGGGCGCUGUUCAAACUAAAACGAAACAGACCGUUCCAAAUGUUUUAGAGGGCAGCAAAAUCCUUCAUGACGAACACUGGCUCUACGGUACGUUGGGCGAUGACUGGAGUCAUCCGAAUAAUGUCAGCAGUUACCCGAUAUGGUCUCCACACGGACAUGCUAGCAGAUUCCUUAGCAACGAAGAGUUUCGUUUGGAUUCCUCACUCGUAAUCUGCCGCUUCCAACUGGAUUCGACCUGUUGCCAAAUGGUGCCGUGCCCGUUUCAGCACCUUCCCCAAAAGGAUGCCCGACGUCAAGAGAAGUCAUCUCCAGUGGUCUCCAAAAACACAGCCAGUUCGGGCCGGGUCGAGUUAUAGCCUUGUUACAAAACUGACAAAAAAAAAAAGAAAAUAAUCCCUGAAAAACAAACACAAGCAAGUUAGUGGCAUGACUCAUGCUCUACUGUGCCAAAGUUCAUGAGUGAGAGCGUAAGUAUAAAAAUUUAUUUUCGUUUUGUCUUCCAUUCGUUGGGUUUGACCGAGGAAAAGAAAAGAAAAAGUUUUGUGAUAAUAUAUUUAGCAACUAAACAUGUCUGCCGAUCAGUGUCGUUCCUUCAGACACUUGUCCAUCCAGAGUGCUAAAAUGAGUUCGUGGCAUCCGAAGAACAGCAUGGAAAGCAGUCAUUAGUACGUCUUUAUUUUUGUCAAACCAGCCUUAAAGCAGCUUCAGUUGCUGCUCAUCGUAUUUCAAGAAAUAUUGUCAUACCUCAUCGGUCAAAUCGUCUGUGUAAUAACUGGAAUGAAGAGGAAAAAAUAAAUGUACAAAGACCUGAUCA